AUGUCAAACUCCUCAGUUUGUUGUGUGUUUGAGCCACUUAUUUUAAUUAAUGUCCUACCCACUAUACUUAUCAUGGAGUUCAUUUUUGGCCUCACAGGGAACAUUUUGGCCCUCAUUAUGUUUGCUCUUGAUGCGGAGCGCUCAAAGCCAAACUCCAUCUACCUGGCAAACCUGGCUGUGGCUGACUCUGUGCUUCUCUUCUUCAUGCCAUUUAGAGCCGACUACUACAUCAGAAGCCAGGACUGGAUCUUCGGAGAUGCCUUCUGCCGCAUCCUGCUCUUCGGUGUGGCAGCCAACAGGGCAGCUAGCAUCUUCUUCCUCACUGCCGUAGCUGUGGACCGCUACCUGAAGAUUGUGCACCCAUUACACCGCAUAAAUAGGAUGAAUCUGAGCUACGCCAUGUGGGUCUCUGUAGGCCUCUGGGUUAUGGUUAUACUUUUGACAGGUCAGUUAUUGGGCAGACCGCACUUUUUUAAGUUCGGCAAUCACACCCAGUGUGAGAGCUUCAACAUAUGCUUGGAUAACAAUCCACUAUCAAUCUGGAGCAAUGCCUUCUAUGUGAUCCAGUUCUGCGUGCCAGGCAGCAUCAUCAUCUUCUGCACAGCCUGCAUUACAUGGCAGCUGAAAACCAAGACCAUGGACACCACAGGCAAGGUCAAGAGGGCAGUCCAGUUCAUUUCAGUUGUUGCCAUGGUCUUCAUCAUCUGCUUCUUGCCAAGCACUGCUUCACGGGUUGCUGUUUGGGUCCUGAAGAUCUGGUACAGCGAGUGUUCACACUACAAUGAUGCAAAUGUGGUUUUUUAUUUUUCACUCUGCUUCACCUAUUUAAAUAGUGUUCUUAACCCUCUGGUUUACUACUUUUCCACUCCUGCAUUCAGUGGCACCAUACAAAAAAUUAUCAGGAGACUUACAGGGCAAAAAGAAGAAGUGGUGUCAGGGAACAGGAGUGUGGCUUCAGUAACAAGUGGUUAA